AUGACUUCAUCUGUAAUGUGUGCUACGCUCAAUAACACUUGCUACAUAUUAGGAAAUAUUUGGGGUUGUUCUGCAUUUGGUCAAACCUGCCCUAACCACAUACAUGUUUUCGAUGGUUUUGUUCAGCUUUGCUUGACUUACCACCAUCAUCAAAUUGACGAUGAAAAAUUGAGAAGUGAAAUGACCAUCAUGAACCAGGACUAUCACGAGAAAAAGCAGAAUCUUUCUGUCAUUAAUGUUUGCAUUGGAAGAAAUGUUUAA